AUGACAGUGGCCGGCCAGGGUCCCCAGGACGUCGCACCGUGCGUGGCCUGGGCAGAGACGGCCCUCCGGGAAGCUGCAGUGGCGGCCGCUCCGGACUCUGCCUUUCAGGAUCAGCACGACAUGCUGCUGGAGGUGGAGCGGGAGAAGGCCAUCACCGACAGGGUCGUCCUCCUCCAGAAGGUCAUCCGGGGCUUCAAGGACAGGUCCAACUUCCUGAAGCUGAAGAGCGCCGCCACGCAUCAGAGGCACUGGCGGGGCCACACCUGCAGGAGGAACUAUGAGCUCGGGCCGUCCCCGCAGAUGCGCGCGGGCUUCCUGCGGCUGCAGGCCUGCAGCUCCCGGAGGCUGCACGCGCGGUACCGCCUGGCGCGCGGCCGCAUCAUCGGGCUGCAGGCCCGCUGCCGAGCCUACCUGGUCCGCAAGGCCUUCCGCCACCGCCUGUGGGCCGCCAUCACCGUGCAGGCCUACGCCAGGGGCAUGAUCGCCCGCAGGCUGCACCGCCGCCUCCGCGCCGAGUACCGGCGGCGCCUGGAGGCCGAGAAGCUGCGGCUGGCGGAGGAGGAGAAGCUGCGGAAGGAGAUGAGCGCCAAGAGGGCCAAGGAGGAGGCGGAGCGCAAGCACCAGGAGCGCCUGGCGCAGCUGGCGCGGGAGGACGCGGCGCGCGCGCUGCGGGAGAAGGAGGAGGCACGGCGCAAGAAGGAGCUGCUGGAGCAGCGGGAGCGCGCGCGCCGCGAGCCCGUCAACCACGCCGACAUGGUGGACAGGAUGUUCGGCUUCCUGGGCGGCUCGGGGGGCCUGCCGGGCCAGGAGGGCCAGGCGCCCCGCGGCUUCGAGGACCUGGAGCGCGGGCGGCGGGAGCUGGAGGCGGAGGACGUGGACGGCGCGCUGCCGCUGCCCGACGAGGACGAGGAGGACCUCUCCGAGUACAAGUUCGCCAAGUUCGCGGCCACCUACUUCCAGGGCACCACCACGCACGCGUACACGCGGCGGCCCCUCAAGCAGCCGCUGCUCUUCCACGACGACGAGGGCGACCAGCUGGCCGCGCUGGCGGUGUGGAUCACCAUCCUCCGCUUCAUGGGGGACCUCCCGGAGCCCAAGUACCACACGGCCAUGAGCGACGGCAGCGAGAAUCCCGUGAUGACCAAGAUCUACGAGACCCUGGGCAAGAAGACCUACAAGCGGGAGCUGCAGGCCCUGCAGGGGUGGAGGGCGAGGACGCAGCCUCCCGAGGGCCUGAAGAAGAGCAGCAUCCGACAGCUGGUGCACCUGACCUUGAAGAAGAAGUCCAAGCUCACGGAGGAGGUGACCAAGAGGCUGCACGACGGGGAAUCCACGGUCCAGGGCAACAGCAUGCUGGAGGACCGGCCCACCUCCAACCUGGAGAAGCUGCACUUCAUCAUCGGCAACGGCAUCCUGCGGCCAGCCCUGCGGGAUGAGAUCUACUGCCAGAUCAGCAAGCAGCUCACCCACAACCCCUCCAAGAGCAGCUACGCCCGCGGCUGGAUCCUCGUGUCUCUCUGCGUGGGCUGCUUCGCCCCCUCCGAGAAGUUUGUCAAGUACCUGCGGAACUUCAUCCACGGGGGGCCGCCGGGCUACGCCCCGUACUGCGAGGAGCGGCUGCGGAGGACCUUCGUCAACGGGACGCGGACGCAGCCGCCCAGCUGGCUCGAGCUGCAGGCCACCAAGUCCAAGAAGCCCAUCAUGCUGCCGGUGACGUUCAUGGACGGGACCACCAAGACGCUCCUGACGGACUCGGCCACCACGGCCCGGGAGCUGUGCAACGCGCUGGCCGACAAGAUCUCCCUCAAGGACCGCUUCGGCUUCUCCCUCUACAUCGCCCUGUUCGAUAAGGUGUCCUCGCUGGGCAGCGGCAGCGACCACGUCAUGGACGCCGUCUCCCAGUGCGAGCAGUACGCCAAGGAGCAGGGCGCCCAGGAGCGCAACGCCCCGUGGCGGCUGUUCUUCCGCAAGGAGGUCUUCACCCCCUGGCACAGCCCCUCGGACGACAACGUGGCCACCAACCUCAUCUACCAGCAGGUGGUGCGCGGGGUCAAGUUCGGGGAGUACCGCUGCGAGAAGGAGGAUGACCUGGCCGAGCUGGCCUCCCAGCAGUACUUCGUGGACUAUGGCUCUGAGAUGAUCCUGGAGCGGCUCCUGAACCUGGUGCCCACCUACAUCCCCGACCGUGAGAUCACGCCCCUGAAGACGCUCGAGAAGUGGGCCCAGCGCAUUGCCGCCCACAAGAAGGGGAUUUAUGCGCAGAGGAGGACCGACGCCCAGAAGGUCAAGGAGGAUGUGGUCAACUACGCCCGCUUCAAGUGGCCCUUGCUCUUCUCCAGGUUCUACGAAGCCUACAAGCUCUCGGGCCCCAGCCUCCCCAAGAACGACGUCAUUGUGGCGGUCAACUGGACGGGCGUGUACUUCGUGGACGAGCAGGAGCAGGUCCUUCUGGAGCUGUCCUUCCCAGAGAUCAUGGCUGUGUCCAGCAGCAGGGGAGCAAAGCUGAUGGCCUCCAGCUUCACGCUGGCCACCAUCAAGGGGGAUGAGUACACCUUCACGUCCAACAACGCGGAGGACAUCCGCGACCUGGUGGUCACCUUCCUGGAGGGGCUGCGGAAGAGGUCUAAGUACGUGGUGGCCCUGCAGGACAACCCCAACCCCGCCGGCGAGGACUCGGGCUUCCUCAGCUUCGCCAAGGGAGACCUCAUCAUCCUGGACCAGGACACGGGGGAACAGGUCAUGACCUCUGGCUGGGCCAAUGGCAUCAACGAGCGGACCAAGCAGCGGGGGGACUUCCCCACCGACUGCGUGUACGUCAUGCCCACGGUCGCCAAGCCACCGCGGGAGAUCGUGGCCCUGGUCACCAUGACCCCCGAUGAGAGGCAAGACAUCAUCCGGCUCCUGCAGCUGCGGACGGCCCAGCCCGAGGUGCGGACCAAGCCCUACACCCUGGAGGAAUUCUCUUACGACUACUUCAGACCCCCGCCCAAGCACACGCUGAGCCGCGUCAUGGUGUCCAAGGCCCGCGGCAAGGACCGGCUGUGGAGCCACUCGCGGGAGCCGCUCAAGCAGGCGCUGCUCAAGAAGAUUCUGGGCAGCGAGGAGCUGUCCCAGGAGGCCUGCCUGGCCUUCAUUGCCGUGCUCAAGUACAUGGGCGACUACCCCUCCAAGAGGACGCGCUCCGUCAACGAGCUCACGGACCAGAUCUUCGAGGGGCCCCUGAAGGCCGAGCCCCUCAAAGACGAGACCUACGUGCAGAUCCUGAAGCAGCUGACGGACAACCACAUCAGGUACAGCGAGGAGCGCGGCUGGGAGCUGCUGUGGCUGUGCACCGGCCUCUUCCCGCCCAGCGGCGUCCUCCUGCCGCACGUGCAGCGCUUCCUGCAGUCCCGCAAGCACGCGCCGCUGGCCCUCGACUGCCUGCAGCGGCUGCAGAAGGCCCUGAGGAACGGGUCCCGGAAGUACCCGCCGCACCUGGUGGAGGUGGAGGCCAUCCAGCACAAGACCACCCAGAUCUUCCACAAGGUCUACUUCCCCGACGACUCGGACGAGGCCUUUGAGGUGGAGUCUAGUACCAAGGCCAAGGACUUCUGCCAGAACAUUGCCACCCGGCUGCUGCUCAAGUCCUCUGACGGGUUCAGCCUCUUUGUCAAGAUCGCAGACAAGGUCAUCAGUGUCCCCGAGAACGAUUUCUUCUUCGACUUUGUGCGUCACCUCACAGACUGGAUCAAGAAAGCGCGGCCCGUCAAGGAUGGAAUUGUGCCGUCACUCACCUACCAGGUGUUCUUCAUGAAGAAGCUGUGGACCAGCACGGUGCCGGGCAAGGACCCCAUGGCCGACUCCAUCUUCCACUAUUACCAGGAGCUGCCCAAGUACCUGCGGGGCUACCACAAGUGCACGCGGGAGGAGGUGCUGCAGCUGGGCGCGCUCAUCUACAGGGUCAAGUUCGAGGAGGACAAGUCCUUCUUCCCCAGCAUCCCCAAGCUGCUCCGCGAGCUCGUGCCGCACGACCUCAUCCGCCAGGUCUCGCCCGACGACUGGAAGAGGUCCAUCGUGGCCUACUUCAACAAGCACGCGGGCAAGUCCAAGGAGGAGGCCAAGCUGGCCUUCCUGAAGCUCAUCUUCAAGUGGCCCACCUUCGGCUCCGCCUUCUUCGAGGUGAAGCAAACCACGGAGCCGAACUUCCCCGAGAUCCUCUUAAUCGCCAUCAACAAGUACGGAGUGAGCCUCAUCGACCCCAGAACCAAGGACAUCCUGACCACGCACCCCUUCACCAAGAUCUCCAACUGGAGCAGCGGCAACACCUACUUCCACAUCACCAUCGGGAACCUGGUCCGAGGGAGCAAGCUGCUCUGCGAGACGUCGCUGGGCUACAAGAUGGACGACCUCCUGACCUCCUACAUUAGCCAGAUGCUCACGACCAUGAGCAAGCAGCGGGGGGCCCGGAGCGGCAAGUGACUCGGCCGGAGGGGG